AGGUGCCCAGGCUGAAUUCCUAAUCCCCCAAAAUACCACAUCACCCCGCCUACCUACAAGUUAAAAGAACAUGGAGCUUCCCACGCCGCAGAAGCUGAAACGGCACUUCCUACAACAACUUAUCUAUGAAUUACUAUCUGGGGAAGCCUGGCUCGACCCGGUGUCCCUAUAAACCAUAAAUGCCUGGCGUGACAGCAGCGUCAGUAACGUCAGUCCGCAGAGGGUCGCGUGAGCCUCGCGAGGUUGCUGCGGUACGAUCAUAUCAGCAGCUGGCAGGUUGUAUACUAUGGCUACCUGCGAAAACCGAGUUACGAGAGGACUGCGGGUCCGAUAUUGAAGCAGACAGGUGCAACCAUCCCGUGGUGAUUCUAUCACCACAGGCAGAAGAUGGGAAGGUGACAUAUCUCAUGAUCACCUCGCUAAAGGGGACGGAGCUCAAGACUCGUUUCAAACGUGAUCAGAACCUCAGGCUCGAACAUAUCCCGAUACGACCCAAUGAUCCGCAUCCGGACAAUGGGAUGCUCCUUAGUCUCGAGGAUGUAGCGCUCGCGUUGCGGAAGAAAUCUUAUGUCAAGACGAAAACGCAGUACCGAAUUCGAGUCGCGUCCCUGCGGCCUUACGAGCGUAGGGGACCCGAAUAUAUCUUGUCGCGAAAGUCUUAUCAAGAUUUAAUCGACUAUUCCAAAUUUACUCCUCCGGCUCCCCACCCCUCGCAGAGUACCGUCUCUUCCCCUGGUCGCGUGUGGAGUUACGGCCAAGCCAUACCGAUUGCUCGAGAGCGUAGCGGUAGCUAUAGCGAGUAUGUAUCUGCUCAAAGACAUUUGGAAAGUGCUGCGGUGAGCCCGCCCCGCCUCCACUACGUGCCGACCGCGAACACAAACUUGUCCCGGUACACCCGUACCGCUGUCCGGGGCGAACGAGAUCCGCUGCUCGCCCAAUCAUACUCUCGCGGUUCGUAUUCUAGCUAUCCAGGCAGCUAUUCGAACAGCCAUCCUGCAUACACGUAUGGAACCUCGGGUCGGGCUGGAUACCAGAGUUCAACACCUACGGUACGAUUCGACGCCGAGGGAGGCUGGAAGAAGAUAAAGAUACUCUUCUGGACCCUCUUCGGAAUCUCGGCAGCGCUUAUAGGAGCGUACGGAGCGUACCGUGGUGUCACCUGGUUGACUGAUGUAGGCAAGCACGCCGGCUCCAUGGUUAAAGGCGAGAUCGAGGAAGUUGGGAAUAAAAUUGGCGACUUGUGGUCAAGCUUAGUAAAGCUAGGGACCCCUUAAGGCUGCUUUACUUCUCCGUCUCUUCUUGUUCUUCUUCUCUUUAUUCUGAAUUCGAGUAGCUUAUAAGCUUCUAUGGUUGCAAUUUCACGGUUUGUAUGGUGCGGGAUGGGUUGCGAAACGGAAAAUGUACAAUUGGCAUUUUGUAUUUGGAUUGGCUUAUAUACGGGAACCCUUGCGGUUAUGGAGUAGAA